AUGUAUCUUGAAGAUAUGGUGAAGUCCUUAGCUUCUAGUACAAUGCAAUUUCAACAAGAGACAAAAACCUCAAUUAAGAAUUUGGAGACACAAGUGAGUCAAUUGGCCAACAUGGCGGGUAAAUUGGAGGCUCAAGGAUCGGGAAAACUCCAUUCUCAAGCAAUCAAUCCAAGAGAAAAUGCUAGUGCUGUGACACUAAGAAGUGAAAAAAUUUUGGAAGAGGCAUCAAGGAAAAUGAAAUAUCAAGUUGAGGAGUCAACGCAAAAGAAGAACUUAGCAUGUGAGAAAGAUGAAGCUAAGACUCCAACCUCGAGAUAUAAGGUAGAUUCUAAAAGUCAUAUUCCUACUUACAUUCCCUCCCCUCCAUUUCCUGGAAGAUUUGCAAAGUCCAAAAAGGAUGAACAUGAGAAGGAAAUUUUGGAGACUUUUCGCAAGGUUCAAGUGAACAUACCACUUUUGGAUGCCAUUUAUCAAGUGCCACGUUAUGCAAAGUUCCUUAAGGAAUUGUGCACUAACAAGCAUAGAUUGAAAGGUAAUGAAGUGGGAUCACUUAAGAAAACUCGUGUUAUUAUUCAACUUUCUAAUAGAUCUAAUGCAUUUCCAAAGGGUGUGUUAGAUGAUGUUUUGGUGCAGGUAAAUCAAUUGAUUUUUCUAGCAGAUUUCUAUGUUCUUGACAUGCAAGAUGAAUCAACAUCUUUGAUGCCACCAUUUCUCUUGGGAAGACCAUUUAUGAGGACUGCACGUACAAAGAUAGAUGUACAUGACGAUACUUUGACAAUGGAGUUUGAUGGUGAGAUUAUUUGCUUCAAUAUCUUUGAAACAAUGAGGUAUCAUAGUGAUGUUCAUGCUUCUUUUUCAAUAGAUAUAAUGGAUUCAUUUGUGCAAAAAAAUUUCAAAUUAUCAAAUGAAGAUGCAUUGGACACCACUUUGAUUAAAAGCAUUGAUGUUGAUAAUCUUAUCGGGUUGAGCAAGAAUCUACAACUGUGUGAGGAUAUUGUUAAAACCGUAGCAUCACUUGAGUCACUACCAAGUAUUCCACUAAGGAAAAAGUUGCCUACUCUAAGGAGUGUGAGUCAGCAUUGA